GUGAGUUGCACAUCGGUGGCCAAGAGCACUUCUACCUGGAGACUCACUGCACCAUCGCUGUCCCAAGAGGCGAGGCAGGGGAGAUGGAGCUCUUUGUGUCUACGCAGAACACCAUGAAGACCCAGAGCUUUGUUGCAAACAUGUUGGGGGUUCCGGCAAACCGGAUUUUGGUCCGGGUGAAGAGAGUGGGAGGGGGCUUUGGAGGGAAAGAGACCCGGAGCACCGUGGUGUCCACAGCAGUGGCCCUGGCUGCAUACAAGACUGGUUGCCCCGUGCGCUGCAUGCUGGAUCGUGACGAGGACAUGCUGAUAACUGGUGGCAGACACCCCUUCUUGGCCAGAUACAAGGUUCUAGAUGUUAUGAGCUACGUCGGGGGUGGGAAGAGAAGUGCCAUCGCACUGGGAAACCUAGAGAUGAAGAUCCAGGGAUCCUGGGAU